GCGGGAAGCCGAAUCGACUGGGUGUCAGUGGAGAAAGACAUGAGGCCGUCAACAUGGAGCGCAACCAAACUGCAACAGCGAAUCAAGACGCUCAAGAGACGAUAUGACAAUAACGUGCUGAGUUUCCCCCCACGCUAUUUCCGCUCGCCACCAGACCGAGCAGGACUGCAUUUGGAAGCCAAAGCCGCGUCUCCUCUACGGUUUUCGCCUUCACCACAUACCAUUUCGAUCCUAUCACCGCAAGAAACCUACAACGCCACUGAAGGACUAUUCUGCCUACUCACCAGGCGUGAUGUGCGCGCGAGUGAACGUCAGCUAAAUACCGGGGAGAUUACAAUGGCUGGGGUGUCCAUGCUGAUCGAAGAAGCGAAUAUUCAAGUGAAUGACGUGUUUCUGGAUGCUGGAUCCGGCGUGGGAAAUGUUCUCGCUCAAAUCGCUCUGCAAACGCAAGCAUUUCGUGUGGUUGGUAUUGAGAUCCAACGUGACCUGGCCGCUAGAGAUAUGGAGCUGAUUGCACUCGAAGUUGGCUCAACCCAGCUCCCUUAUCAGCUCCGCCACCCUAUUAUUUUCCACGACACUGUGUUUGAAGAAGAUGUGGUUUUGGCAAUGCGUGCUUUGUGCAUGAAGCUACCUCAUCUACGUCUGGUGGCGCUGACAACACGAGUGUGUCCGCGGCAUCGUAAUACGUGCCGAAAUUCGUUUUGCAAGCGGUGGAAGUUACUGAAAACAAUUCAGGUUCCGAUGACUUACAGCAGCUCCCCUCGGGAUUUACACCUGUACGCAGCUGAACCAAGAUGGUCGAUGCAGUAA